GACAGCGCUGACUCUAUAAAGCCAGGCGUCCGAAGCUUACAGAGAGAUUUGGACCAUCCCAGCCUGGGAUCAGUGCCAGAUCCGAGCUCUCCAUCCGGUGUCCUCCUGCUAGUCACCCCGGAGUAGAUCUGGGACCACCAGACAUCAUGGCGCAGAAAGGGCAGCUCAGCGAUGAUGAGAAGUUCCUCUUUGUGGAUAAAAACUUCAUGAACAGCCCAAUGGCUCAGGCCGACUGGGUAGCCAAGAAGCUGGUGUGGGUCCCUUCAGAGAAGCAGGGCUUCGAAGCAGCCAGCAUCAAGGAGGAGAAGGGCGAUGAGGUGGUCGUGGAGCUGGUGGAAAAUGGAAAGAAGGUCACAGUUGGCAAAGAUGACAUCCAAAAAAUGAACCCACCCAAGUUCUCUAAGGUGGAGGACAUGGCAGAGCUGACGUGCCUCAAUGAGGCCUCUGUGCUGCACAACCUGAGGGAGCGAUACUUCUCAGGCCUCAUCUAUACCUACUCCGGCCUCUUCUGUGUGGUGGUCAACCCCUACAAGUACCUACCCAUCUACUCAGAAAAGAUCGUGGACAUGUACAAGGGCAAGAAGAGGCAUGAGAUGCCGCCUCACAUCUAUGCCAUUGCCGACACAGCCUACAGAAGCAUGCUACAAGAUCGCGAAGACCAGUCCAUUCUGUGCACAGGUGAGUCUGGAGCCGGAAAGACAGAGAACACAAAGAAAGUCAUACAGUACUUGGCUGUGGUGGCAUCCUCCCACAAGGGCAAGAAAGACAGCAGCAUCACGGGGGAGCUGGAAAAGCAGCUUCUACAGGCAAACCCAAUCCUGGAGGCUUUCGGCAAUGCGAAAACCGUCAAGAACGACAACUCCUCUCGCUUUGGCAAGUUCAUUCGCAUCAACUUCGAUGUCACUGGUUACAUUGUAGGUGCCAAUAUUGAAACAUAUCUUCUGGAAAAGUCCAGGGCUAUUCGACAGGCUAGGGAUGAGAGAACGUUCCACAUCUUCUACUAUCUGCUCGCCGGAGCCAAGGAAAAGAUGAAAAGUGACCUGCUUUUGGAGAGCUUCAACAGCUACACAUUUUUAUCCAAUGGCUUUGUGCCCAUCCCAGCUGCACAAGAUGACGAGAUGUUCCAGGAGACACUGGAAGCCAUGUCUAUCAUGGGCUUCAAUGAAGAAGAACAGCUAGCCAUCUUGAAGGUAGUAUCAUCUGUCCUUCAGCUUGGGAACAUUGUCUUCAAGAAGGAGCGAAACACAGACCAGGCAUCCAUGCCUGAUAACACAGCUGCUCAGAAAGUUUGCCACCUUGUGGGGAUUAAUGUGACAGAUUUCACUAGAGCCAUCCUGACCCCACGUAUCAAAGUUGGACGGGAUGUGGUGCAGAAGGCUCAGACCAAAGAACAGGCUGAUUUUGCCAUCGAGGCCUUAGCCAAGGCCACCUACGAGCGCCUUUUCCGAUGGAUUCUCAGCCGUGUAAACAAAGCCUUGGACAAGACCCAUCGGCAGGGGGCCUCCUUCCUGGGCAUUCUGGAUAUUGCUGGGUUUGAAAUCUUUGAGGUAAACUCCUUCGAGCAGCUGUGCAUCAACUACACCAACGAGAAGCUGCAGCAGCUAUUCAACCACACAAUGUUCAUCCUGGAGCAGGAAGAGUACCAACGAGAGGGCAUCGAGUGGAACUUCAUCGACUUUGGCCUGGACCUGCAGCCUUGUAUUGAGCUGAUUGAGCGGCCGAACAACCCUCCUGGUGUGCUGGCCCUGCUGGAUGAAGAAUGCUGGUUCCCCAAAGCUACAGACAAGUCUUUUGUGGAGAAGCUGUGCUCAGAGCAGGGAAAUCACCCCAAAUUUCAGAAGCCCAAGCAGCUAAAGGACAAAACAGAGUUCUCCAUCAUCCACUAUGCUGGGAAGGUGGACUACAAUGCAAGUGCCUGGCUGACCAAGAACAUGGACCCGCUAAAUGACAAUGUGACAUCACUCCUCAAUGCCUCCUCCGACAAGUUUGUGGCUGACCUGUGGAAGGAUGUGGACCGCAUUGUGGGGCUGGACCAGAUGGCCAAGAUGACUGAGAGCUCACUGCCCAGUGCCUCCAAGACCAAAAAGGGCAUGUUCCGUACCGUGGGCCAGCUCUACAAAGAGCAGUUGGGGAAACUGAUGACUACACUGCGCAAUACCACGCCUAACUUUGUGCGCUGCAUCAUCCCCAACCAUGAGAAGAGGUCUGGCAAGCUGGAUGCAUUUCUAGUGCUGGAACAGCUGCGCUGCAAUGGUGUGUUGGAAGGCAUCCGCAUCUGCCGUCAGGGCUUCCCCAACCGGAUUGUCUUCCAAGAGUUCCGGCAACGCUAUGAGAUCCUGGCAGCGAACGCCAUCCCCAAAGGCUUCAUGGAUGGAAAGCAAGCCUGCAUUCUCAUGAUCAAAGCCCUCGAACUUGACCCCAACCUGUACAGGAUUGGGCAGAGCAAAAUCUUCUUCCGAACGGGGGUCCUGGCCCACCUAGAGGAGGAACGAGACCUGAAGAUUACUGAUGUCAUCAUGGCCUUCCAGGCAAUGUGUCGUGGCUACCUUGCCAGAAAGGCCUUCACCAAGAGGCAGCAACAGCUGACAGCCAUGAAGGUGAUCCAGAGGAACUGCGCUGCCUACCUUAAGCUCCGCAACUGGCAAUGGUGGCGACUCUUCACCAAAGUAAAGCCAUUGCUCCAAGUGACACGGCAAGAGGAGGAGAUGCAGGCCAAGGAGGAGGAGAUGCAAAAGAUCAAGGAGCGGCAGCAGAAGGCAGAGACUGAGUUGAAGGAGCUGGAGCAGAAACACACUCAGCUGGCUGAGGAGAAGACUCUGCUGCAGGAGCAGUUGCAGGCAGAGACAGAGCUGUAUGCUGAGGCUGAGGAGAUGCGGGUCCGGUUGGCAGCCAAGAAGCAGGAACUGGAGGAGAUCCUACAUGAGAUGGAGGCCCGCCUGGAGGAAGAGGAAGACCGGGGCCAGCAACUACAGGCUGAGAGGAAGAAGAUGGCUCAGCAGAUGCUAGACCUGGAGGAGCAACUGGAGGAGGAGGAGGCCGCCAGACAGAAACUACAGCUAGAGAAGGUCACGGCUGAGGCCAAGAUCAAGAAACUGGAGGAUGACAUCUUGGUUAUGGAUGAUCAGAACAGUAAACUUUCAAAAGAACGAAAACUCCUUGAAGAGAGGGUCAGUGACUUGACAACCAACCUAGCAGAAGAGGAAGAAAAGGCUAAAAACCUCACAAAGCUGAAGAGCAAGCAUGAGUCCAUGAUCUCAGAGCUGGAGGUGAGGCUGAAGAAAGAGGAGAAGAGCCGGCAGGAACUGGAGAAACUCAAGAGGAAACUGGAGGGUGAUGCCAGUGACUUCCAUGAGCAGAUCGCUGACUUGCAGGCCCAGAUUGCAGAGCUCAAGAUGCAGCUGGCAAAGAAAGAGGAAGAGCUACAGGCAGCUCUAGCCAGGCUUGAUGAAGAGAUCGCCCAGAAAAACAAUGCCCUAAAGAAGAUUCGAGAGCUAGAGGGCCAUAUCUCAGACCUACAAGAGGACCUAGACUCAGAGCGGGCUGCCAGGAACAAGGCUGAGAAGCAGAAGCGAGACCUGGGGGAGGAGCUGGAGGCACUCAAGACGGAGCUGGAGGAUACGCUGGACAGCACAGCUACCCAGCAGGAGCUCAGAGCCAAGAGGGAACAGGAGGUGACAGUGCUGAAGAAGGCCCUGGAUGAGGAGACGCGGUCCCAUGAGGCCCAGGUCCAGGAGAUGAGGCAGAAGCACACACAGGCAGUGGAGGAACUCACAGAGCAGCUGGAGCAGUUCAAAAGGGCCAAGGCAAACCUGGACAAAAGCAAGCAGACACUGGAGAAGGAGAACGCGGACCUGGCUGGGGAGCUGCGUGUCAUGGGCCAGGCAAAGCAGGAGGUGGAACACAAGAAGAAGAAGCUGGAGGUGCAGCUGCAGGAUCUGCAGUCCAAGUGCAGUGAUGGGGAGCGUGCCCGGGCUGAGCUCAGUGACAAGGUCCACAAGCUACAGAAUGAAGUGGAGAGUGUCACUGGCAUGCUCAAUGAGGCAGAGGGCAAAGCCAUCAAACUGGCCAAAGAUGUGGCUUCCCUUGGAUCCCAACUUCAGGACACCCAAGAGCUGCUCCAAGAAGAAACCCGGCAGAAGCUCAAUGUGUCUACCAAGCUGCGUCAGUUGGAAGAUGAGAGGAACAGCCUGCAGGACCAGCUGGAUGAGGAGAUGGAGGCUAAGCAAAACCUGGAGCGUCAUGUCUCCACACUGAACAUUCAGCUCUCAGACUCUAAGAAGAAGCUGCAGGACUUUGCAAGUACCAUCGAGGUCAUGGAGGAGGGGAAGAAGAGGUUACAGAAAGAGAUGGAGGGCCUCAGCCAGCAGUAUGAGGAGAAGGCGGCUGCCUAUGACAAACUGGAGAAAACCAAGAACAGGCUCCAGCAGGAGCUGGAUGACCUGGUCGUGGACUUGGACAACCAGCGGCAACUGGUAUCCAAUCUGGAAAAGAAGCAGAAGAAAUUUGACCAGUUGUUAGCUGAGGAGAAGAACAUCUCCUCCAAGUAUGCGGAUGAGAGAGACCGAGCUGAAGCAGAGGCCAGGGAAAAGGAAACAAAGGCUUUGUCUCUAGCCCGGGCCCUGGAGGAAGCCCUGGAAGCCAAAGAAGAGCUGGAGAGGACCAACAAGAUGCUCAAAGCUGAGAUGGAAGACCUGGUCAGCUCCAAGGAUGAUGUAGGCAAGAAUGUGCAUGAACUAGAGAAGUCCAAGCGUGCCUUGGAGACCCAGAUGGAAGAGAUGAAAACCCAGCUGGAGGAAUUGGAGGAUGAGCUGCAGGCCACUGAGGAUGCCAAGCUGCGGCUAGAGGUCAACAUGCAGGCCCUCAAGGGCCAGUUUGAACGUGAUCUUCAGGCUCGGGAUGAACAGAAUGAGGAGAAGAGGAGGCAGCUACAGCGGCAGCUGCAUGAGUAUGAGACAGAACUGGAAGAUGAACGGAAGCAGAGGGCUCUGGCGGCGGCAGCUAAGAAGAAGCUGGAAGGGGACCUAAAAGACCUAGAGCUCCAGGCUGACUCAGCCAUCAAAGGGAGGGAGGAAGCCAUCAAGCAGCUUCGAAAACUGCAGGCUCAGAUGAAGGACUUCCAAAGAGAGCUGGAAGAUGCCCGUGCCUCCAGGGAUGAGAUCUUUGCCACCUCAAAAGAGAAUGAGAAAAAAGCCAAGAGUCUGGAGGCAGACCUCAUGCAGCUCCAAGAGGACCUGGCAGCAGCUGAGAGAGCUCGCAAGCAAGCUGACCUGGAGAAGGAGGAGCUGGCUGAGGAGCUGGCUAGCAGCUUGUCAGGAAGGAAUACACUGCAGGAUGAGAAGCGCCGCCUGGAGGCAAGGAUCGCCCAACUAGAGGAGGAGCUGGAGGAAGAGCAGGGCAACAUGGAGGCCAUGAGUGACAGAGUGCGCAAGGCCACGCUGCAGGCUGAGCAACUGAGCAAUGAGCUGGCCACAGAACGCAGCACGGCUCAGAAGAAUGAGAGCGCACGGCAACAGCUGGAGCGCCAGAACAAGGAACUGCGAAGCAAGUUACAGGAGGUAGAAGGUGCUGUCAAAGCCAAGCUCAAGUCCACUGUUGCGGCGCUGGAGGCCAAGAUUGCACAGCUGGAGGAGCAGGUUGAACAGGAGGCCAGAGAAAAACAGGCAGCCACCAAGUCACUGAAGCAAAAGGACAAGAAGCUAAAGGAGGUCCUGCUGCAGGUGGAGGAUGAGCGCAAGAUGGCAGAGCAGUACAAGGAGCAGGCAGAGAAAGGAAACACCAAGGUCAAGCAGCUGAAGAGGCAGCUGGAAGAGGCAGAGGAGGAGUCCCAACGCAUCAAUGCCAACCGCAGGAAGCUGCAGCGAGAGCUAGAUGAGGCCACGGAGAGCAAUGAGGCCAUGGGCCGUGAGGUGAAUGCCCUCAAGAGCAAACUCAGAGGGCCCCCCCCACAGGAAACUUCGCAGUGAGCCACCAGGAGAGGAAACGAGGCUUCAUUUGUUCCUUCCAGAAGGGCUGGGGGCCGUAGAGUUAUUGAAAACACAGAUGGUUCUGAAGAAGAAAUGGACGCUCGGGACUCAGACUUCAAUGGAACCAAAGCCAGUGAAUAAAUUCAGGAUUGGACACCAUGUCAGGGAAAACAGAACACUAAACGACAGCAGAGCCCAGCAGACUGCUUAGCACUUGUCUCCAUUCGUUCUCAAGUCACAGACAUCACUCCACCCCUCACCAGGAGUCAACCACAGCCCUGCACAAAGGGUGUGAAUUCAAGUUCUUAGAUGGGCUAUCAGAGAAAAAUCCAAAUAAGACGUACAGGUCCUGAGCCACAGUCACCAGCAACUUUGUUUACAUGAAAUGAGGAAGUUACAUGAAUGGGUGCCACAGCCCCCAACCCUCUCCCAACCUUUCCCUGACCUGCCUGACCUUCCAGUUUGGGAGGAAAGCCCAUUUGAAAAUUCCCUUCCCUUUCCUGCCUGCCACACCUCAGACACACAGUUCACUUCGCCCAAGUGACUUUUUUAGUCGUCUGAAUUAAAAAAGAAACACUGCUCCCAGCGCAGAGCAGAGCGAUCACACUCUUAUUUGCACCCACGGUCACUUUCACUAAUAAAAGGUUGUAAGUCACGAGAAAGGAGUUGGCUCUUC